ACGCGGGUCUCCCGCGGCUUCUCCCCUCCCUUAUUGCCUCUGCGCCCUAGGCCGAGGUCGUGGGGGGCGGAGCGCUGCUUUUCUAGGCAACCGCCUUCUGUGUUUGGUACACUGCAGGCCUUAGGCUAGGGUGGACCGGUCUUGAAUUGCUCAGAAUCCUCCCUGUCUCCAUACGAUAUAUUAUUAUGAUCACUGUUUUUAGAAGAUGACUGAAAGUGAAAACCUAAGCCAAGAAGAAAUAAUUAAAGAACUGUGUAUGUGCAAUGGAUUAUCUUAUGAGAUGGUCAAACAAGAAGGAUCAGAUGCUUCAAAACUGGAGAUGUUUUUUUCAGGAUAUCCCUGUAUAGUUGGAUUAUCAUUGUUUCCUAGUUUAACAAGUCUUACAAUUGUUGCUCAAGACAUAAAAGAAAUUUCAGGACUAGAAACUUGUUUGCAGCUUAAAGAACUUUGGAUUGCUGAGUGUUACAUAGAGAAAAUCAGAGGUCUUGAAGAAUGUAGAAAUUUGAAAAAACUAUAUUUAUAUUAUAAUAAAAUUUCUAAAAUUGAAAAUUUGGAGAAAUUAACCAGAUUGGAGGUUCUUUGGCUGAACCACAAUACAAUUAAAAAUAUUGAGGGUUUGCAGACUUUGAAGAAUUUAAAAGAUCUCAACCUUGCAGGAAAUCUGAUAAGCAGCAUUGGUCGAUGUCUUGAUGCCAAUGAACAGUUGGAAAGAUUAAACCUUUCUGGUAAUCAAAUAAGUUCUUUCAAGGACCUCACUAACUUAACCAGGCUGCCUUCCUUAAAAGACUUGUGUUUGAAUGAUUCUCAGUAUAAAACCAACCCGGUUUGUCAGCUGUGCAACUAUUCCACACAUGUGUUAUAUCACUUGCCUUGCCUUGAGAGAUUGGACACUUUCGAUGUGUCAGCAAAGCAAAUCAAGGAACUGGCAGAUACCACAGCAAUGAAAAAAAUAAUGUAUUACAAUAUGCGUAUAAAAACUGUUCAAAGGCAUCUUAAUGAAGACCUUGAAAAAUUAAAUGACAGAAAAUGCAAAUUACAGAAGUUGCCAGAAGAACAAAUAAAGUUACUCAGCUUUGUGAAAAAAAAUUUGGAACGGGAACUGACUGAACUCAAGGGAUCUGGCAAAGGACACAGUGACAGAUCCAACAACAGUAAAGCAACUGAGGUUGAAAAGUCAAAGAGUGGUGAAACUGUCACAGAAGAACUGAGACUUCAGCAGAAGAUAAUGAUCAAAUUAAAUGCCCUAAAUGAAAGGGUAACAUUCUGGAACAAAAAACUAGAUGAAAUUGAAGAAAUUUAUCAAAUUGACGUAAAGCAAAAGAAGAAAAGUCAUGGCUUAUUGAUCCCAUUUUUACUGAUUGAAUUGGAAACUGUGGGAAAUAUUCAUUUUGAACAAGGCACUAGAUCUGAUGACUGGUAUAAUUCCUGUUAUGAAUUAAUUCUAUCACGUUUCUGUACUUGGGACUUCAGAGCAUACGGUAUUACAGGAGUAAAAGUAAAACGUGUCAUUAAAGUUAACAAUCGUAUUCUGAGACUAAAAUUUGAAGAGAAGUUUCAAAAGUUUUUGUGUGAUGAAGAUAUGCAUGAUUCAGAGAGCUAUCGCAAGAUGAUGGACUGCCUUUUUUAUGUUUUUGAUCCUGAAGUUACAGUGAAAAAAAAGCAUCUGCUACAGAUACUUGAAAGAGGAUUCAAAGAGAGCAAAACAAGCAAGUUGCCUCUCAGAAAAGAAGCCGUUAUCCUUACUAACAGCCUAAGCAUGUGUGAGUGUCCCCGAAUUGAGUUUCUGCAGCAAAAACACAAGAGUGAGAAGAAAAACUCUUUUGACCAUGAGCUCUUCCGACACGGCAUCCUCCUCAUUACAAAGGUUUUUCUUGGCCGGAGUGUUCAAGCUCAUGAACAGGAAUCUAUCAAUCAAGCCAACUAUCCCACGGUUAAUUCAGUGUUCAUUCCUCAGAAAUAUUUACAAAGUUCUAUCGUGGGACAAACAAAUUGUGAUUGUGGCUUUCGGCAGUGCAAGUGGUUUGUCUUUGACCAUGACCUGGUUUUGCCAGAAUACAUCGUUGAAUUUGAGUACAUUACGGUGGUCAAGGCCCACUCUUUGUUUUCUACAUUCAACAAUAUCAUCAUAGAAGAAAACAAAAACUAUUCAGAAGGAUCAGUGUUAUCCCAGGAUUUGACAUUCGAUGAUGAAGUCAUGAAAAUGGAGCCCAGGAUUAAGCCCCGACCAAGGCUUCUUAGUUUGGAUGAUAAAACAAUACUUUCCCUUGCCAAGACUAAUGCUUACACUCAAAUUGUGAGUCUCAAUCUACAUGGCAACAGUUUGAGUAAACUAAGAGAUCUAUCCAAAUUAACAGGACUUCAGAGACUGAGCAUCAGCUUUAAUGAACUGACUUGUUUAGAUGAUGUAUAUCACCUGUAUAACCUUGAAUAUUUGGAUGCAAGCCAUAACCAUGUGAUCACCCUUGAGGGAUUUAGAGGUCUGAUGAAACUGAAGCACUUAGACUUGAGCUGGAAUCAAUUGAAAAAAUCUGGGGAUGAAAUAAAUGUGUUAUGCAAACAUACCACAAGCCUUCACACCCUUAAUAUUCAACAUAAUCCGUGGCAGAAGCCAGCCACAUUGAGGCUGAGUGUUAUUGGCAGAUUAAAGACCCUUACACAUUUAGAUGGAGUCCUCAUCUCUGAAGAAGAAAUGACUGCAGCUUUAAAAUUUAUUGCUGGAACAAAGAUCACUCAGUCAUGUAUUUUACGACACUCUAGCACUAAAGAGGAGAGACCACGGAUGCUAAGCAUAUGGCCUUCUGCCAAAAUUCUGACACAGAUCUCAAAAUUAGGACCUUACUUACAUCUGAGUGGAAACUUGUACUUGAAGAUAACUGCCUUAAAUUUAGAUGGACAGCAUCUCUUUGAAAUAAAAAACUUAGAAAAAUUGGAAAAUUUGAAGUGGGCAUCAUUCAGCAAUAAUAAUCUGACUAAAAUGGAGGGCCUGGAAUCCUGUACCAACUUGGAAGAGCUCACACUCGAUGGAAACUGCAUCUCAAAGAUCGAAGGCAUUUCCAAGCUGACUAAAUUAACUCGCCUCAGCAUAAAUAACAACCUUCUGACGGGUCUGGAAAAGCAUACUUUUGAUAACAUGCUGCAUCUUCACUUCCUUUCUCUGGAUAACAACAGAAUUACUUCACUGAGUGGUUUACAAAAAACCUUUACCCUAAUUGAAUUAUACAUCAGCAAUAACUAUAUUGCUAUCAAUCAGGAGAUCUACAAUUUAAAGGGUUUAUGCAACUUGGUCAUUUUAGACAUACACGGGAACGUUAUUGUAUGGAAUCAAGAAAACUACCGGCUGUUUGUAAUAUAUCAUCUUCCAGAACUGAAAGCUUUGGAUGGAAUCUCAAUUGAAACACCAGAGACUGAGAAUGCGAAAGAUUUGUUUGGUGGCCGGCUAACCUCUGAUAUGAUUGUAGAAAGACAAGGGCAUUCAAACUUUACCCAAAUGCAAGAACUUAAUUGGACUUCCUCAUCCCUCAGAACCGUGGAUUUGAUUCCAGUUGACCAAUUUAGAAAUGUGUGUAAUGUGAAUCUGCAGAACAAUAAUCUUACCUCAUUCAGUGGACUAAUCUAUCUGCCGAAUGUGAAAGUCUUAUGUCUCAACUAUAAUCAUAUUGAAUCAAUCAUGCCUAGACUAAAGCCUCAGACUCACUUGACAAACAGACAGAUGCUCUACCAGAAAGUGUCUUCAAGCGGCUAUGGACAGCAAGCCACUUCAAAAACAAACAGAGAUACAAUGAGCAGUGAAAAUUUGCCUCCAAUAAUGCACAGUUUAGAAGUUCUUCAUCUGGGCUACAAUGGAAUUUGUAACUUAAUCCAGCUACAACUUAAUAGGCUAAGAAAUUUAAAAUUUCUUUUUCUACAGGGGAAUGAAAUCAGUCAAGUUGAAGGGCUGGACAACUUGGUGGUCCUUCAGGAACUGGUGGUAGACCAUAACCGCAUCAGAGCAUUUAACGACAGUGCUUUUUCCAAACCAAGUUCUCUGUUGUCACUUCACCUGGAGGAAAACAGAUUACGAGAGCUGAGCAAACUGCAACCUUUGGCAAAACUAGAGAAACUCUUCCUAGGAUAUAAUAAAAUCCAGGAUAUGGCAGAACUGGAAAAACUUGAUGUUAUCGUUUCUCUCAGAGAGCUUACAGUUUAUGGCAAUCCAAUUUGUAGAAAAAUUCUACAUCGCCAUGUGCUCAUAUUUCGACUGCCUAACUUACAGAUGUUAGAUGGGAUUCCGAUAAAUUCAGAUGAUAGAGCAAAAGCGGAAUUUCACUUUUCUGAACUACAAGCAAAGAAAAACUUGUUGAUUCCUGUGACCAGCUCUCCCAUGGAUGGUGGCUCAUUUUGCCAAGUGAAAGCACCUCCCGUGAAGAUAACAAAUCUGAUUCUACCUGCUGGCCUCAGCCAUUACUUGGGACCUGACUUCUCCUUGACUCCUGAAGUUGAAGACAAAAGAAACAGGAAUACAGGAAUUCUGUCAAAUAAUUCUCGGAACAUUCAUGCAGAAAUUGCCUUUCGUCAUAUGAGAGGAGUAAAUCUUUCUCCAACUCCUUUACCACAUCAGAGUAUUGUAUCUCCGACUGCCCCAAUGUGCCAGAGCAACCACAAGGAGGACAGAAUUCCUGGAAGCAACUUUUCAAGAUCAAAUCAUACAUAACUGCCUAAAGAAAAAUGAGUAUAUACCAGAAAACCUGUUUCUUUUUGUAGCUGUAUGAAAACUAGCAGACAGUAGUCAGUAAAAAAAAAGAUAAUCAUGUUACUUAUGUUAUUGAAACACUUCCAAAUGAAGACAAUUUAUCACUCUCGAAGAAUUUAAGAUCACCCUCUUUCAAACUUUAUGAUCAUCUCAAUCAUUUGCUUGAAUUUCUAUACUAAAAGAUCAUGAAUUAUUAAAGUAUACAACAAUAUGAAAGAUAAAAAUGGUAUCAAAGUCUAGAGAAUCAAAUGCUUCAUUCUGGUAUUGGAAGAAUUUAGUUAUAAAAUAACAUUUAUGGCCUGUUAUAUGAAGAUAUUAAGAAGUGGUAAUUUUAAGAAAUAAGCAUGCUUUCAUUUGUAUAAUUAUCUCUUCAUUUGAAAUUACAUCAAACUAAAGCAUACAUUUCUUACCAAACGCAGUUAUUACUAAGCAGCGUAUUUUGCUAAUUGAGUUUGCUACAAAAAAUAUAAUUCCAAAAACCUGUCUUCAAACCAGUUUUACCCUCAAAUGUUACACAUCAGUGCUAGUCCCUAAACAUGAGUAUGGUGUGACCAGUUACAUUUCAUAUACAAAUUAUUAACUGUGCCUAUAUUAAUACAGUUCAAGUGGAAAAGAAUAGAGGUUCAAACUGAGGGAACAGUAUGGACUGUUAAUAAUUAUAUUCCAUUGGAAAUAAUUUUUCUAAAUUAUUACAUUGCCUAGACUAUAAUAUAUCAAAUAUAGUUUGGGAUUAGCUUAUUAAAUAUAGUUUUUAAAUUGAUGACUAAAAUGCCUGCAGGUUUUUUAUAAAUGGACUCUGUGUUUCAGAAAGUGUUCCCUUCUGAAGUAUUCAACAGUGAAUCUAGUUUUUAUAACUAUUUCUUUACAUAGCAGUAAAUUUUUUAUGAGAAUGUUUGACUUUAAAAUUUACCUGAAAAUAGUUUCAAAGACAUUAUAGAAAUGACAUAAUUCCAAUGUAUAUGCAAUAAUUUUUCUUCUUUAAAUGUUGUACUUAUAAUUUAAUCAUGUAAUAUUUUUAAAUUUAGAUAAAUUUUGCAGUUCUUAAAGUGUCGUUUUAAAUAACUGUUAAAUUCAUGUGGAAAUAAGGUCCUUUGUUUAAGAAAAACUGUAAUUCUUAAAAUGUCCAGAAGAUGUCGUCAUUGCCUUUUAGUUUUGACAAUUGCUUUCAUCAGUGCUGUGUCCAUAAGUAUACUUUUAUUACUAAAUUAGCAUCACCUGUUUUUUCUUUUAUGAUUAUUUAUAAAACUGAAGUCUUGCAUGUAUUACUUUUAUAAUUAAAUUAUAAUUUUAUAAUUUCCUAACUUUAAAUACUAAAGUAGGCAAAAUAAAUGUAAUAGGUUAUCACUGGAGAAAGUUCAAGAAUAAAAAGUUAAAAAAGUAGAAAAGCCACAAAUUACAGCAUAUUUGUUUAACAUUUUGCAUAUUUUCUUUUAUCCCCAUGGAUUUUUAAUUUUUAAUUUUUACAUUCGAGUUCUUUCAUGUGAUUUUCAUGUUCACAUUAGAUUUUGAGCUAUAAUUGCUAUAUUUUCUAAAUUUUAAUUACAUCUGAAUUUAUUCUUGAAAGUUAAAUCUUUUUAAUACACAACUUAAUGGUAAAACUAAUAAUAAACAUGUACUUAGGCACUGCUUGGUGAGGAUAAAAUACAGAUAGAGAUCUACCUUCAAGGCCCUUCUCAGACAGAAUUGACUUCAUUUAAAAAAGUGAGGGGAUAAUGCUAACAUGAAUUGGUGGAGCAGUUCUGAUUUUUUUUCUGCAUAGCAUCAGGUGUCACUGACACAAUGUAUGACUCCACUGAAAAUAUCUAGAUAGGUCAAGAUAGGGUUACAUGCAACUUGUAAGGCAAUAGCUACAAGUCCAGCCCUUUCCUAUUGAACAGAACAAAUGAGAAAUGCCAUUGAAUGUGAAUGGUGUUUUUAUAGGAGUCAUUUUAGAUCUGUUGUAAAUUAUUUUUAAGUACAUAAUUCACAAACUGAAGUUUUAAGUUACAGUUACAAAUUGUUUGUAACACACUAAACAAACUGCUUUAAACUUACACACACACCACUAGUAUAUAUUUUAAAUGCUGUAGUAAUGAUCUUCUGUAGUGGGCCUGAUGUGUCAUGUCUUCAUUUAUAUAUAAAGUAACCAUGACUUACAGAAAAGAACAGUACAUACACAUCUAAUCCUAGGUUUUUUUCAGUUCCAGACUCUUUUUUAUUGUUAUUUUGGUACAUUUGCAGUAUAUAGGGAUUACAUUAAUUCAUAGGGAGUUACUACACGUAUAUAACACAUCUAAUUCUCUUUAUGUCACCUUCCCCUCCAGAUUCAUUGCUUCUUCAAGUGAAUGGGCAGUUAGUUACUAUCUGUGUGCUAGUUAAUAAACUAUUGUAUAGCACUAAUGUACACAAAGACUGAAAAGCUCAGUGUAUUUAGUGUAGGUAAAAUGUGUAAUUUCUACACUAAGGUAUUUUUUCUUUGCACCCAGAAAACAUCUUAUUAGAUUUAUUUUGCAUGCAAUCAUUAUCCCUGAUUAUAUGACUCAUUUUCAAUGUUUAAUUCCAUAGCCAACCUAUUAAGCUAGAAGUUAGGGCACUGUAACUAUAGAUUGGAAGACUAUAAUACUGAACUGAAUAUAGGUGUUUUCAAAUUGAUCUGAUUUCUACACAUGAAAGUUAACUAUAAUUAAUUGUUCAAUAAAAGCUUGAUUAAUUCUA